UAGGCUCAAUGUCGUGUUUUACAGCUUGAUCUCAGGUAUAAUCCCACUGGUAAGACAAUUUUAUAUCUUUCAACAGAUUAUAACCGGAAUUGAAAGUUUCGCAUACUUGUUUCACUGUGUAACGACACUUGUGGGGGCGUCCCCCGCAACUCCCAUUAUACGCGGGUAUACCGGCGCGAGUUCAUUAUAGUUCGAGUUCCGCUUCGAAAUUUUUGAAACAAUAAAGAAUAAAUUGAUUUCAAAGCGACAGCUCGGAAUACGGGAAUGGUACAGAUGUGUACGGGAAUAAGGAAAACGAAUACACUUUAACGAUCAGGCUACGAAUUAAGAGAAUUAAGACAUUUUGUUUAUUCAACCACGCGGUGUUUUAGUUGCAAUGGAGGGUACAGUGAAGAGUACUCGUAACGAAUUACGAUGUCACAAUACAGAGUGUAUCAAGGAAACCUUGAAUACUGUUCUACAACUAUACGUAGCGAUCCUCGCGAAAGACAUCGACGAAAUAAUCGACGUGCUACCCCACAUAUUUCUCGUCAUCGGAAGCCUAACUAAAUUCGGAAACAUUUUUCUGAACAAGGAACGCGUACGUACAGAUUACUUCAAGGCUUCUACUGUGUAUUACACUUACUUUCUAUUGCAGAUAAAAAUAUUAUUAGAUCGAAUCGUACGCGACUGGAAAACAAUGGGAAGCGAAUUACACGUGCUGGACGAGAUCACUGCAACGGGGUACAGGCUCGCGCAUUUAUACAGAGUUACCCUGCUGACGUUUACAAUGAUUUUUAAUUACAUCCCGUUAAUUCCUCCGACUUUGGAUAUCAUAUUACCGCGGAAUGAAAGUAGACCGAGACAUCAACUGUUUCAAGUUAAUUACGUGUUCUUCGACGCUGAUGACCACUUUAUAUUCACUUAUCUUCACAUGUUUUGGGCGGGGUCUUUGACCGUGUUCGUAGUCGUCACCGUAGAUUCCUUGUACAUGCUUAUCAUUCACCAUGCUAGCGGGUUGUUCGACGUGUGUGGAUAUCAGGUUGAAAUGGCGUGCAGAGAGGAAAAAGUGAAAGAUGCAAUGUUCAAGCAGUGCCUGAUCACUCAUCAUAAAGCUCUAGAGUUUUUCAAUUUGCUACAGGCCUGCAGCCAGAGCAUGAAUUUAUUACUGGUCGGAAUGAACAUGUUACUCAUCAGCACGACGGGAGUCCAGAUAAUACUCUACAUGGAUCGACCUCUGGACUCGGUCAGAUUUGUCCUGUUCUUUUUAGGCGAACAUUUUCAUUUAUACAUCAUCAGUCUGUUAGGGCAGAUCGUGCUAAACCACAGUUUACUGCUGCCAGAAAAAAUAUACGGUUCCAACUGGGACGACAUACCGAUUAAGUUUCAGAAAUUACUUUUCAAAAUGAUAAUUAGAUGCAGCAGACCGUGCAUUUUGAGUGCGGGAGGCCUGUACGACAUGAACAUGGAGAACUAUGGGAAAGUAUGUAUUGCAUUCGAAAUCUGUUGUGCUUGGAUAUACGUUAACGAGCAACAUUUUCUCGGCAAAAGGCGGUGAAGGCGUGCAUGUCGUAUUUCACAAUGUUUCUGUCAAUGCGGGAAUGAUAUGACGCGCCACUUGAAGCCAUCUUGACAAUGACGAUGAAAAUGCAACGCUGAGGAAACUUGCUAGCAAACAUUGGUUAAUUUCUGGAAGGACUAACUUUUUUAUCACAAGUAAUAUUUGUCAAUUGAUCACUGGUUUGCGAGUAGAUGUUUGAAUCUAGCUUGUCGACCAAGUUUCUGAUAUUUCGAAUAUCUCUCUUGUUAAGACAGUUCAGUAACAAGAAAAUUGUCGAAGCUAGAAAUUGCAAACUAAGUUGCUACUGUAAUUAAUAAAGGACGCACAAUAAUGUUGUAUUGAGUGAUAAGCAUAAAUAGUAAUCCACAAUUUUCUAUAUGUAACUGAUACUGAGUGUAAUUGUCGUCAACGUUGAUGGCACAUGAAUCUGAUGUUAUCACUGCUGUGUCCAGUUAAUGACACUGUUAUAUUUAAUGACACUAAUAUCCAAAACAGAUCUCUUAUAAAUGAGUGGGAUUCGAGUAAAAGUUAAGAUAAAUCGUGGACAAAUUUUUCAUAUAAAAUUAGAAAUGUUGAGGUUGGUGAGAAAAAUUGAUGGAAUCCGAGUAUGGUAGAUAUCACGUACCAGACUAUGUUUACUGUGCAAGCACAAAAUACAGUUAAUGUUAAUAUAAAUUGCCUUGACUAUUUUUCCUAGUACAAAUUCCGGUUACAUCGAGUCAGUCGACAUAAAUCCGUAUCGUCCUAGCAAUCGCAAGGGAAAUAAUUUACAUUCUAGCGAUAACUCUUUCACAAAUCCUCACCAGCGAAUGCAACAAAGUCACCCGCUUACUACUCGAGGGUCUCUCGUCGCUACACGACAGCUUCAUGGAUUACUUAAAGCUACCAAGUAUAGUUCUGCUACCGAGUGCUAAACAAUAUCGUGUCAUUUUCAAUAUAACACAAUAACGAAUAUCCGUCAGUGCAUCGAUAGGGUUGGUAAAAUGAUUGACGCCUCGAACGACUGGAACUAUCUUACCCUGCGAUACUGGACUGAAUUAUUCAAUAGCAUCAUUUACGGGAGUUGAUACGACAAUGACCCUAUAAGGUACACCUCCCAUUCAUUUGCCGAAGUAUUAUAUUUCGAACGCGACGGUUGUACGGUGUCGUACCAGUGAAAAUGUCCGCGAUUGAGGCAGACGAAAACAGUACGCGCGAUACUUGUUACAUUCAUUAAUUCUCGCUCAUCUUAAUACAGUAAUUAUGAGUAGGUUCAUUCGUCUACUUACGACACUUAAUAAUCGAAUUAUCGCGAAAGUGUUAAUUUAUAUUUACUGUAACUUGGAUAGUCAUUUUGAAGACCGAGUUAAAAUUCUGAGUAAAGCACAGAUAUUCAGCAUUUCAGAAUCAAGGAGCUAAGGAUGUAUUCGAUCUCCACCACUACAAAUCGCUUAAAAAAUAUUUAAUCAUGCUCGGAUUGAAUCCGUACAACGAGACACGGGGAAGUAGAAUCAGACAGAAGGUGGUAGUCUGCACCUUCGUCUUAGGCAUAAUACCUAUGGUAAAACACUUUUACAAUUUUAUACUCCACAGCUCAACAUUCGAAAUUAUAUUAAAGACUUGUUUAACCUACUUCAGUCGUUUUUUAAUCGUCAACUGCAGUUAUCUGUGAUUGUAUUGUAAUCUCUUCAAAUUUUUUUAUUACCUCUUUUCCAAAAGUGUAAUAUCAACUCGAAUCCCCGAUUCCACAGUUUUUGCAGUUAUGUGCGG